CAUAAAUUCACCUCUCCCUCCCUCCUCACCUCCACUCUCACUCUCUCCGAAUGUGCAGAGAAACAAAAUUGCAAGCAAAGGCAAGACUCCCAAUUCCUUCCCAUUCAAUUCAAAUCUCUCCCUUUUCCUCGUCCAGAGACAGAGAAAGACAGAGACAGAGACAGAGACAAUCACCAUUUUUUUUUUCCUGGGCAAGGCAAGUUUUAGUGAGAAAGAGGGAAAGUUUUCUCCUUUUUUUUUUGGUUUAGUGGUUUUGGGAGGGAAUUUGUGUAAUAAAAAAAGUGGGAAGCUGAAGCAGCAGAAGCAGUAGUGGUGGGUUCUGGGCUUAGCUGUAUUCUGCGGGAUUACCGGAAGUCAAACCCCCCCACCCCGCCAGCUCGCCGCCGGAAUCUCACCCCCCCCCCCCCCCCCCCCCAUCCCUACCAUUUCUCCUUCACCUCCUCCCUCCAACCUUUUACUGUGACAGACUGAUAGAGAGAGAGAGAGAGUGUGUCCGUGAGAGUGAGGUUCGUGGCGGAAUAAGCGCAGCCCUGUAAGAGAAGGGGACAGUCAUGAGUUUUCUUGGGAGGGAGAUUGAUAGAUUCCUCCGAUUAGCCUGUCGGGUCGCUGUUUCGUUGCCUGCGUGAGUAAGUGCUCCAGUCCUGAUUCUGACCAGUCAAGCUUUCUCUCUCUAGAAUUGCCUUCUCCUCAUAUAUUUUAUUGCUCUCUCUCUCUCCCCCUCUCUCUCUUCCACGCUUCUUUUUGUCAACCGAAGAAGCUGGGAGAGUAGGUGGAGAGGAAGAAGGAGCAGGGUUGCAGUGAGCCCAAGAUUUCGCCUCUGCUCCUCACUCUCGAGCUUUCAGCGCCAUGCCCCGUUAGAGCAAACAGCGACGAGGAUGUCCCGGUUCUGCACAGAUCACUGUCGGGUCUGCUGGUAAGUCAUGAGGGAUCUCGGAAUUGGGCGGCUCCCGUUGCUGCUUCCUGCUGUCUUGCUCUCUCUGUUGCUGCUCUGCCCUCGAUUGGCACUCGGGCAACUGACUUCACGGGCCGACAGAGCUGCCCUGCUCCAACUCAGAUCCUCGCUCGGGAUUCGGAGCAGGGACUGGCCCCGGAAGCCCGACCCUUGCUCCCAGUGGAACGGCAUACAAUGCAACGGCAAUGGCAGGGUUGUAGGGAUUAACAUCUCCGGGUUCAGACGGACCCGAAUCAGCGCCCUGAACCCACAAUUUUCUGUUGAUGCGCUCGCGAACUUGACCUCGUUGACGGCCUUCAAUGCGUCUCGGUUUUUGCUCCCUGGUCGAAUUCCGGACUUGUUCGGGCAGCAGCUAGUGUCCCUUGAGGUGCUUGAUCUCAGGUCUUGCUCUGUGAUUGGCGUUGUUCCUUCUUCACUUGGGGGUUUGACCAACCUCAGUGUCCUGUACUUAGCUGGUAAUAACCUGACUGGGGCUAUCCCCCCGAUUUUCGGCCGGCUAUUCCGACUUUCGGCCCUCAACCUUUCGGGGAAUACCCUCAAUGGGUCUUUUCCGCCUUCAUUUGCAUCCCUCAAGAACCUCUCCACCUUGGACAUCUCCUCCAAUUCUUUGUCUGGGUCGAUUCCUCUCGGCAUUGGAACCCUUUCCAGACUGCAGUACCUGAAUUUGUCAAGAAACAAUUUGUCGGGAGUGAUACCGCCUCAGCUUGGGGACCUUAGGAGUUUGGUUGAUCUCGAUCUCAGCUUCAAUGGGUUAUCAAGCUCAGUGCCACCAGAUUUGAGAGGACUGAGGAGUCUGGGGAGAAUGUUGCUUGGGGAUAAUCAGCUGAGUGGGUCCUUGCCUAGUAAUCUAUUUCCGAACCCAAGUCAGUUGCAGGUUCUAGUACUUAGAAACAAUGCCCUUGGUGGUGCUCUUCCCAAUUCGUUGUGGUCGUUACCAGGGCUCAUUACGGUGGAUAUCUCUGGAAAUAAUUUCACUGGUCUCUUGCCGGACAGGGGCCUAAAUUCGAAUGCAACUACUGCAGCCCUGAAUAUGUCUCAGAAUUCGUUUUAUGGUAACAUUACGGAUGUACUGAGGAGGUUCGGACCUAUGGACCUGUCAGGGAAUUAUUUUGAGGGCAAAGUUCCUGAUUUUGUUCGGUUGAAUUCAUCUCUCAAUAACAACUGCCUCCAAAGCGUCCUGAACCAACGGACUCUGGAGGAUUGCUCAUCAUUCUAUACGCGAGCAGGUUUAGUGUUUGAUAACUUUGGACGGACAAACUCCACAAGCCCUCCUGCCCCGCAGCCUUCCAAAAAGAGCAACAGAAAGCUGUAUAUACUGAUAGGAGUUUUGGGAGGAUCGGGUAUUCUAGUCUUGCUGCUUCUACUCUGUGGGUUGCUCUUCAUAUGCACCCGGAAGAGGGGAUCCCCAAACCAAAGAGGGGUUGGUGUGGGCCCCGUCCCUUCAACGAGUCCUGCUCCCUCUGGCCAGCCCGCCAACAUUGCAAGGGUCGGAGACUCUUACACUUAUCAGCAGCUACUUGAGGCAACGAAUGAAUUCAAUGAUGCAAGCCUCAUCAAGCACGGACACUCGGGGGAUCUCUUCAAGGGCGUUCUUGAGGGUGGAAUCCCGGUUGUCGUUAAGAAGAUUGACCUGCAAGCCAUGAAAAAAGAAUCUUAUCCCAUUGAAUUGGAUUUCUUCAGUAAAGUUACUCAUGGGAGAUUUGUUCCCUUUUUGGGGCACUGCCUGGAGAAUGAGAAUGAGAAGUUCCUGGUCUACAAGUACAUGCCGAAUGAAGACUUGGCAAGUUCCUUGUACAAGAAAGGCAGCUCCGACGAUGAUAGUUUGCAGUCAUUGGACUGGAUAAAGAGACUCAAGAUCGCAGUCGGAGCUGCAGAGGGCCUGACUUAUCUUCACCAUGAAUGUUACCCUCCCCUUGUUCACAGGGAUGUUCAAGCGAGCAGCAUACUUCUUGAUGACAAAUUUGAGGUUCGGCUUGGCAGCCUUAGCGAGGUCUGUGCUCAAGAAGGGGAUACCCAUCACAGCAGAAUCAGUCGGUUACUUCGGUUGCCACAGUCAUCUGAUCAAGGUUCUUCUGAUUCAACAAAUGCAAAUUGUGCAUACGAUGUGUUCUGUUUUGGGAAAGUUCUGCUUGAGCUUGUGACAGGCAAGCUCGAUCUCAGCGCUUCUCCUGACGCUGAGAUAAAGGAAUGGCUCGACCAAACACUGCCUUACAUCAACAUAUACGACAAGGAACUUGUUACCAAGAUUGUGGAUCCACUCCUCAUCGUAGACGAGGAUCUUUUAGAAGAGGUAUGGGCCAUGGCGAUCGUCGCCCGGUCCUGUCUAAACCCGAAGCCUACCCGUCGCCCUCCCAUGAGGUACAUCCUCAAGGCUCUCGAGAAUCCUCUCAAAAUCGUAAGGGAGGAUAAUAAUUCAGGUUCAGGGAGGCUGAGGGCUACCUCCUCUCGAGGGUCAUGGAAUGCAGCUCUCUUUGGGAGCUGGCGGCACAGCUCGUCUGACGUGGCGGUGAUCCCUGCAGCCUCCUCUGCCACUACCGCCACAAGGCUAGAGGCCGCCGGGGCCACUGGCAGCUUCAAGCAGUCGGGGACAACAGGAUCGCAUUCCCAGGGGAGUGGCCCCAACAACGGGUCGUCCUCUCAUAGGAGGCACUCCAAGGAUAUCUUCCCGGAACCGCCUGAUGUGCAAGAUGUAGAGUGACAGCAGGAUCAGGACUAAGAGUCGAAAGGAGGGAUGGAGGAACCCGAGACAGAGGUAGAUUUUGUUUGUUCAUUCUUUUGUAAUAAGAAGGAACAGCGAGGCUAUUAUUCUUUCCAAUUCGAGCUCCUGUUCAUUAUUUUAGGGGGGGAGGGAGAUAGAUUGAUUGCAUGCCGAAUUUUUUCGCCUUUUCUUUAUCUUGUAUUCAGACUCGAGUGAAUAUCGAAAAUUGAUGGUAUAGAUUGGGUUGAGGGAUGCUCGAACAAGCUGACUGGUCGGGUUAUGGAUGGGAAAAAAAUCGGGUGUUGAGAGGUGUUUAUGAACUGCUAAAGAUUGGCUCGAUUACAAGCUGCAAAUUUUUCUGCAGUUGGGCGUGUUCUAUUUUCUGGGCCUGUCUUGUGGAACGUAAAUUCGAAUUGGUUUAUGGUC